CAAGGGGAAAAAACAAGGACUCCUUGCUCUUCCCUGGCUUGGCCAGCAGAGACAGGGAGGAGCCCAGGAAAACCUCUUCCUUCUUUCCUGCUCUGUCCACACGCAGCUCGCCAGGGGAGUCCGGGCAGACUGAGAGUUCACUACUCUGGUCAGAGCCAUGCGAGCCCAGGCUCUGCUACCCACCCUGCUUCUCUGUGUUCUGCUGUUGCAGGCCCAGGGAGGGCACCGUAACCUGAACAGGAAUCAGAAUAUGAGAGCCUGUAUGAAGCGACCCGACCAAUAUCUUUGCAGCAAACACUGUUCAUAUUUCCUAAAGUGUCCAACCAAUACCACGUGCUGUGCCACCUUCUGCGGGAACGUCUGCAUGAACAUCCUGUGAGUCAGGACGCAGGCUGGGCUGUGCAUCCUGCUCCCCGAGCCCUCCAUCCAGAGACUGUGCCUGUGAUGGAAGCACAAGGACCUCACACCCGGGCACGAGGAUGUCAGUAGGAAUGCCACCCUCCCCACCGCCUGAACUGCUUGUUCCUGUUUAAUAAACCACAACAAAUGCGCAGGGACCUGCCUGUUUCUUUCCCAGUGCUUGGGAUCAUUGAGCACCUGGCGCAGACCCCAGAGCGCACCCCCCCAACCCAGGUCCAGGUCUCUGAUCUCUCCCCUUGUCAUGCUUCCCUGCUCUCGCUCCCUUCGGCCUCCCUCCGGGCCCCUGCGGGCUCAGCUCCCUUGUUGCUCUGCUCACUGAACCAGUACUCCAAGGGA